CUAGUCGGCCGGUCUCGUGGGCAAAUAGUGUGGCCACACUUUCGUCGCACUAUGGUAAGAGGAUGUGAUUGAUUGAUUGAUUGAUGAGAAAGUGGGGAGAUUGUUUUGUGAUACUCGAUGUUGGCGACAUAUCUGAAAGCAAAGGGUAUUCAUCUCCGGCGGAGUUCAAAUUGUUUGAAGAACAUCAGCUUCUUCUCCUUUGUCUUGUACGCUCAACUCCAACUUCCUAACUUGCUCGUCAGCGAGGAUAACAUAGUGGUCUUCUCCAAUCUUAUUGCAUUUGAGAUGUCGCCAGGCAUGUAUAAUAAAUUUAGCGUGUCAUCUUACUUUAAUUUCAUGAAAACGUUGAUCAACAAUACUAAUGAUGUAAAGGUGCUGCGGGAGAAAGGCAUAUUACACGACGUGUUGGCAAGCAAUGAAGAAGUGGUUGGAAUGUUUAAAAGCAUCAAUACUUAUGGAUUCGCAAUUAACACUUUAUCUUUUUUAUGUGGUGAGACAAGGAUUGAUGAGUACUGCAACAGCAAAGCCAAGACAUGGAUGGCCGACCUCACCAAUACCAAUACCAAUACCAAUACCAAUACCAAUACCAAUACCAAUUUUCGGAGCCAAUGGGCUGCUAUAGCUCUUCUAGUUGCCACAUUUCUGCUUUGCCUCACUUCUCUACAAACUUACUACACAAUCAAUCCACACAAUUAAACAAUGCCACUCGAUUCUAUCUUCUUUAUGUACGUAUUUUAGGUUACUGUUUGUAAUACUCCCUCCAUCCCCAAUAAUUAACCUAACAACUUUGCUUUCCCACCA